UCAUCAGCAGAAUCUGGCAUCUCUGAACCAUCAAACACGAACACGUUCAUGAGUCCUCUGGAGAAACAUGACGUCUCUGUGUGUUUUGAAGGUCAAAGGUCAACUCCAGAAGAUGGGUCCUCUUCAGCCAAUGAACAUCUUCCUCCGACAGGAGUUGGACCGAAUGCAGCGUGUCAUCAGCAGCGUACGGAGCACGCUCACUGACCUCAGACUGGCCAUCGAUGGGACCAUCAUCAUGUCUGAAGACCUGCGCGACGCCCUCGACAGCAUGUUCGAUGCUCGGAUCCCGCGCCUGUGGCUGAGGCUCAGCUGGCCGUCGGCCACGCUCGGCUUCUGGUUCAGCGAGCUGCUGGAGAGGAACCAGCAGCUCAGCGCGUGGAUCAGCGCCGGCCGGCCCAACCAGUUCUGGCUCACCGGCUUCUUCAACCCGCAGGGUUUCCUGACCGCCAUGCGCCAGGAGACGACACGCUCCAACCUGUCCAGGGGCUGGGCCUUGGACACGGUCACCCUUAGCAACGAUGUCACCAAGAUGAUGAAGGAGGACGUCUCAGCUCCGCCCCCUGAAGAUGUGGGUGGAGUCUAUAUCUAUGGCCUCUUUCUGGAUGGAGCGGGAUGGGACAGACGUGGCGCCAAACUCGUUGAGGCUCCGCCCAAAGUCCUCUUCACCCCCCUCCCUGUGGUCCACGUCUUCGCCGUCAGCUCAGCCAACAGGCCGACAGUAAGCGUCCCCCUGGGGCGGGGGGCGGUCAGCCUGUACUCGUGUCCCGUCUACAAGAAGCCUCGACGCACCGACCUGAACUUCAUCUUCUCCCUGCAGCUGAGGAGCCUGCAGCCGCCCGAGCCUGGACGCUGCGAGGCGCCGCGCUGCUCUGCGACUGCAAGUGAUCCGAACGUUGUUGUUCCACAGACACGGACAGACACUCACCGUGGGGCUCUGCUGCGUCUCACUCAGACCUCCCCACAG